ACACAGGAUGAACGGUUCUUCGACGUUACUCACGAUCGCACUAAUCGCCAUUUCCAUCCAAAUAUACAAGGGGCUAACAACCAUCAGGCUGUGCUGGAAUACAUCUCCAAAUACAGGAACUACACGGAAUGGGGUGAAUUCCGUGAGAGGGGUCGCUGCGCUAACAAGGACAACAAAGAAAAUGUAUAUCACGAAGCUCUUGCAGCCGGAAGUAAAGAAGAAGCACUGGCACUGGUAAGAAAUGGCAAUCCAAAAUGUUUCUGGCUAUAUUAUGACAAGUUGUCAUCCAAUUACGAUAGGAUUUCAUUUACUCCACCAUUGCUGUAUGUUCAUCAAUUUACAGAUAUAGUAUGGAUCGUUCCAACAGCCAUACAACAAUGGGUUCUAGAAAAUAUAAGAGACGAAGCCCAAAGACCACACAGGCCCAAGAGCAUUAUAAUUGAAGGCCCAUCUAGAAUUGGAAAAACAAUGUCUUCAUCAUCCUGCGUGCAAUAA